GUUUUUGUUUAUGUUGCUAAGGCCUGAUGCAGCGGCGCGCGAGGAGCUGCGGUUUCCGUGCUCCGAGUGUGGAGAGCUUUCUAUGUGGAGCAGACUAAAACAGCACGGUAACCUGUGCGUUAGGUUACUCGUGAAAUAAUUUUCCAAGAUGUAGUGCUUCAGCUGUGUGAAUUUUGUGUCUAGUUAAUCUAGUCGAACUUGAGUGGGAGGAUCCACGAGCGUUCGCGAGAACUUUUGGUGAUGCCAAUGACCAAGCCGGACGCAAAGACUAAUCAAAAUUCAAGGACCGUUGGCCCACCAAGUCGUCAAAAGCUUUUGGAAGAGACAUCUGUUUUUUUUUAAACGUAUCGCCGGAGCGUUGUUUUAGCCCUGCUUACUGGUUUGUUCACAAAAGUGCCAUUGGCUGUGAUGGCCUCGUCCGUGCAUCAAAACGGCAGCGUACCUGUUGCCUUGUCGUGCUUGCCCGAGAUUGAACAAAUCAUUCGGAAGUUGGAACAUGGCACGCCACUUAUCAAGUUCUACCAGAAGGGUCGGCCUGAAAAGAGGACUUUCUCGAUCAAGCUGGAAACCCGGCAGGUCAUUUGGUGGCGGCCAGUCACCGGGCGUACAGUGGAAGAAGGAGCGGUUGACCUGCGAGAAGUCAAGGAAGUUCGUCUGGGACGAAACUCAAAGAUAUUUGACCGGUGGCCAGAAGAUGCUAGAAGAUGGGACCCUGCCCAGUGCUUUGUUAUAUUUUAUGGCAGUGCCUUUCGCCUCAAGACAUUGUCUUGUGUCGCUACAUCAGCCAAGGAUUGUGAACAGUGGAUCAAUGGGAUUAGGCACUUGGUUUCUGAUACCUUGUCUGCAUCCUAUCCUCUUCAAGUUGAGCGAUGGCUACGUAAGGAAUUUUACGGCAUGCAGAAUCCACGAAAUGUGAUAACCCUGAAAGAUCUUAAAGCCUUCUUCCCAAAAGUAAAUUGUAAGCUAUCCACAAACAAAUUGAAAGAGUACUUUCAGGAGGUCGAUACCAACAGGGCUGGUGAAAUUGGCUUCGAAGGUUUUGCAUCCCUGUAUCAUAAUUUGAUGCAUGAUGAGAAGCUGUUCACGGAUUUCUUCAAACCAUAUGCUGAUGAAAAUGGGAAAGUCACUGUAAAGGCUUUCCAAAAGUUUCUCAUUCAGGACCAGAAGGACACAGUGUUCGAGGAUGAAAGGAUAGCAAGCAAGUUUAUGCGCGACUAUCUGCAGGACCCUCUGCGGGAUGCCCAGGAGCCAUAUUUCACUGUGCCCGAGUUCCUAGAUUAUUUAUUUUCCAAGCAAAAUGAGUUGUGGGACAGCCAGCACAACCAAGUCAAUCAAGAUAUGACACGACCACUAACCCACUAUUGGGUAGCAUCUUCACAUAACACGUACCUUACGGGAGACCAAGUGAAGAGUGAGUCUUCUGUUGAAGCUUAUGCGAGGUGCCUUGCAAUGAGUUGCCGCUGCAUUGAGUUGGAUUGCUGGGAUGGACCAGACGGCAUGCCCUAUGUGUAUCAUGGCCACACCUUGACAACAAAAAUCAGGUUCAUUGAUGUCAUCAAGACAAUCAAAGACCAUGCAUUUGUUGCAUCCGAGUACCCAGUAAUUUUGUCUAUUGAGAACCACUGCACCUUACCACAACAAAGAAAAAUGGCCAACUUGUUUCAGGAGGUGUUUGGAGAGAUGCUGCUGACUCAGCCAGUAGAACGAGAUGGUGUAAAAAUGCCAUCUCCUGAGCAGCUCAAGUGGAAAAUUAUCAUCAAGCACAAAAAACUUCCUGAAGGAACAGAAGACAGAGUCAUUGUUAACAGAGUUGAUGAAGGUGGCCAAGAAACCGAUGUCAGCAAUGCUGUGAAAAAUGGCAUCCUUUAUCUUGAGGAUCCGGUUGAUAAGGAGUGGCGGGCACAUUUCUUCAUGUUGACGCAAAACCGAAUGUACUAUGCUGAAGAACAGCAAAUGCAGGACGAUGAGGAGGAAGGAGAUGGUACAGAGCUGCAACAGCAGCGAGAGGGUGUGCCCAAUGAAGAGCUGCACUUUGGGGAGAAGUGGUUCCAUGGUAAGCUGGCAGGAGGCCGGCUCAAAGCCCAAGAGUUGUUGCAGCAGCAUGCUCACCUGGGGGACGGGACCUUCCUGGUGCGGGAGAGCGACACCUUUGUCGGCGACUAUUCACUCUCCUUCUGGCGCCAGGGCAAGGUGAACCACUGCAGAAUAAAGUCCAAACAAGAACGAGGCCAAACCAAGUACUACUUGAUUGACACAGUGGCAUUUGACACCCUGUACAGCCUCAUCAGCCACUACCAAACGCACCCACUGCGUAGCCAGGAGUUCUACAUGUACCUAAAUGAGCCUGUACCCCAGCCCAACAAGCACGAGGGAAAGGAAUGGUACCAUGCGAACAUGACACGUACUCAGGCAGAAGAACUGCUGAAACGAGUGAAGUAUGAUGGUACAUUUCUUGUGCGGCCAAGUGAAAAAGAAGACAACUGCUUUGCUAUAUCCUUUAGGGCAGAGAAUAAGUUGAAGCAUUGUCGUAUCAAGCAAGAAGGCCGCCUUUUUGUCAUCGGUACAGCCCAGUUUGAAAGCCUUGUUGAGCUUGUGAAUUACUACGAGAAACACCCACUGUAUCGUAAAGUCAAGCUCAAGUACCCUGUGAAUGAAGAUAUUAUUCGGAGAAUUGGAACGGACACUGAUGAUAAUCCACUAGAGGUUGGAGGGCCCGCAGGGACCUACAUGGAUCCAGACAGCUUUUCCGGAGCCUUUCGUGCGACAGUGAAGGCCCUGUAUGACUACAGGGCACAGAGGGAAGAUGAACUCUCAUUUUGCAAGCAUGCCAUCAUCACCAAUGUAGUGCGCCUAGAAGGAGGAUGGUGGCGUGGCAAUUAUGGCGGAAAGCGGCAGCACUGGUUUCCUGCAAACUUUGUGGAGGUGCUUGAAACACAGGAUGCAUCUGACGAUGGGUCUGGAGAUGCAAUGCCCUUAGGUACAUUGCAGAAAGGAAGCAUUGACAUUGCUGGGUGUACAGUAGAUAUUCUACAGAGUUGGCCAGGCAGGGGACGAGAAUGGGUGUUCCGCAUUGUGUCACCGACCCAACUAAUGCCCAUUGAGAUAGCUGCUCCUUCCAGGGAAGAGAUGCAAGAUUGGGUGCUCAAGAUUCGAGAGACUGCUCAGUCUGCCAAUGACAUGAUCCAGCAAAGAAGGGAAAUGGAGCGAAGCUUGAGGCUUGCUAAGGAAUUAUCCAAUCUCAUAAUCUAUUGCAGAUCUGUGCAGUUCUGUCCUGAAAGGAUUGGGAACUUCACAGAAAUGUCAUCAUUUCCAGAAACGAAAGUUGAGAAAUGGAUGAGUCCUCAGCACUGCUCUUUCUUCCUCAAAUACCACCGACUGCAGUUUAGCCGCGUAUAUCCAAAGGGCAGCCGCAUUGACUCCUCAAACUACGAUCCCGUGCACUUGUGGAACUGCGGCUGUCAAAUGGUGGCUCUCAAUUACCAGACGCCAGACCGACCAAUGCAACUUAACCAAGGCCGUUUCUUGCAGAAUGGGCGGUGUGGAUAUGUACUUCGACCUGAUUUCAUGCAUGAUGAUGGUUUUGACCCGUAUGACAGGACUACACUGAAGUCUGUUCACCCAGUCACGCUGUCAAUCAGGGUCAUUGCAGCACGUCACCUCAUGAAAUCAGGACGAGGCAUUGUCAGCCCAUUUGUGGAAGUGGAGAUUGUUGGAGCAGAUUAUGACAGCUGUAAAUACAAAACUGGAACAAUGCCGGAUAACGGUUUAAAUCCUGUAUGGAAUGAGGUGUUCAUGUUUGACAUCUGCAAUGCCAGCGUGGCACUUCUACGCUUUGUAGUACAAGACGAGGACAUGUUUGGUGACCCCAAUUUUCUUGGUCAGGUCACUUACCCUGUAUGCUGCCUAAGAACAGGUUACCGCAGCAUUCCAUUAAAGAAUGAGUACAGUGAAGAGCUUGAGCUGGCAUCUUUACUGGUGCAUCUGGAGACUCAUGCAACAAAGGAGGAAGAUGAGGCGUAUGUGUGCAUUCAGCGCCUGAGAGAUGAAAGCCGUGAGCUGGGUCGAGCUUUAGAGGAAAGUGAACGCCGAGGAGAUGUGCAGCAAGUGCAAGCGCUACGCCAACAGCUUUCCACCACCCAGGAACAGCUGCGCACAAAGCGUGAGGAACGGAGGACCACAUUCACUGCACUUAAAUGACAUCGAUGCCAAAGGUUGCAGUUGGAAAGAUCUCAGCCAACGUAAUCUACCAAGCCGACACCUGCAGCGCAUUUAUGGAAUUGAGACCUCUGCCAUCCAGAGCUUGCUGAUAAUAUUCUGUAUAUUUACUUUGUUAAGCUUGACUCUUGAUGUGAUAUUUUACACAUCAAUGCCUUCGAGAAGUUAACUGUGUAGGGGUCAAUUAUGUGUGCUACUCUUGCCAGCCAUUCAGCACAGAUAUUUUGGAGCAUUUCAUUUUUUGAGAGCUAUAUGUGUAUAUAUAUAUAUAAUAUACAAACACUAUUUUCGAAGUUGAAAUGCAUGAACGAAGUGUUAGUUUACUUGACGAGAGGUCACCACACAAAUAUUCAACUUUUGCCUUUCUUUUUUUAAGUUAUGACUGUUUUUAUUGGUACCAAAUAUUCUUCAGACUAUUGCAUUUUAUACAAGAUUUCUGUAACUGGGAAGCUACCGGUGAGUGUGCCAUGCUUCCUUGUUGCAUAUUUUGUAUGGGUGGAUGUACCUACACCCACUGCACAUGCAGAAAGGUAUGUGCAGAUUGGUUUCUGACGAGUUUUAAAAGUACUGACUGGUGCUUGUCCAGCAGUAGAAAAAGUUGCACAUAUUCUUUUGUCUGCUGUUUCACCUAGCAGCAGUCAUCCUAUUGUGACAGCUAUGCUAUAUGUGAAGUGCAGAACAUGUGAGCCUUUAGUACCUGUAUUGCAUGUGCAGAUAGUAACUUGCAUAGCUUUGCAGUAUAUGGCUGAUUUAGGGCAAUCUAGUUUUUUUGUGUAUGGUGAGCUCCUUGAGUGAGAUCGUGCUUGGAAACGGUCAUCCUUUCAAUGUCAAUCAUGUGAACUGUGACAUCUACUGACCAAAAGGAUUUGGAACCUGACAACAUUAGUCCUUCCAUGGUUUGGGAACAAGUGGAGCAUUUUCUUACCACUGAAUUACAAGUGCUGUAUGUAACUUUACUCACGUGGGUAGUCUUUCAGCAUUUGUCUGUGGCCACUUCAAGGAGGGCAAUUUCUUAGGGAAAUGCUUGGGCGUGUGGCUUGAGGCUUCCAUGUAAACAUACUUCUGGUACUUGUAUGUACUUUUUGCAAUGACAGUUCUUGGUGCUUUUUCUUAACUGUAGAAGUUUGGGAAACAUUUGUGUUUUCUUGACAUAUUAUGCGUGUGAGCAUAUUUCUAUGGAUAAUAUGAAUAGCACUUUUCAUUUCUCUACAUUUUGAAAUUCUAUGUGGAAAAUAUUGGUGUCGUUAAUUAAUGUCCCGGAAUUCAGUAUACAGGACCAAGUACCUACAUAGCAUUCUGAAUAUUAUCCUCCCACUUUCUUCAUCUUAAAGGAUUACUGACAUCAUAACAUAAGCUACUUGUAAUUUCUUUGCUUUAAAUGAGGCUGAAAUCCUUUAAAAGCCUAGGAAACAAUAGCAACAGACACGAUAAAUGCUGACAUAAAUGUGAUUAGCAUGAAAGCAAUAUAGUGACACACCGUGUUGUCACCACAGGCAUACAAAGUGGUAAUCUCGCUGCCAACACUUGGGUGUCCGGGUGAAAGGUUAGAUACAUACCGCAAAGUGGGUAAAGUUCCCAAAGAUUGGCAAUUGCUUUAAUACUGGAGUCAGAGCAUCCUAAAUAAUUUACUGUUGUAUCUAUGAACCAGUUUUACUUAUGGCUUAUUUUUGCUUACUUUUGUGUGAUACACAUCAGCAAAUUUCUCUCUGCCAUGACUGUCAUGAUAAUGUUUAUGAAACCAAGUCCGGAAACCUUCAUACUUGCUUCAUUGUCAUCCUUUGAUGUGGAUGAAGUAUGUCAUAGAGCUUCUGCAAUGUCUAAAAUGUGUGUCAGUACUCCUUUAAGGGCAGAAGUUGGGUGGGGGGCAGAGAAAACAACAAAGGUAAAGGGCAUUGUCUACCGACAUUGACAAGCGUUGAAGAAAAAAAUUAUUGAGAAGUGUAUUUAAUAAGGCUCGCCAUUUUUGAAAAAUGCACAAUAUUUAGCACUGUGCUGCUAUGACUUUGUCGGUCAGUGUUGAUUGUUCUUAAUGUUGCAUGGUGCUGUAGUUCACUAUCAUGUUGCUAUGUUUGGUCUGGCACGUAUGUUGCAAUAUAAAAUAUUUAUCAUGUAGGAAUGUCAGAUAAGCACUAAUUGAAGUUCUUUAGUGGCUGCACUAUUUUCUUUUUUCACAUUCUUGUACAUUUUCUCUUCUCAUAAAUCUAGUUUCCAUUACUAAUUGAAAGCUUUAGUUAGUUGCCCUUCCUUGCCGAUUCCUGAGGCCCUUCAGUGUUCAGCAGUUGGCAGCAGUUGUAGCAAAGAAGAUACAUUAGAUGUAUGAACCAAACUUUUUUUUAUUAAACAGUGCAGGCUUGAAAUUUAACCAAGUGGGUUUAUUCUUUGUAUUGGUCCAAGUUUCUAGAACUAUACUUGAACCCCAUUCUAGUUCAUGCUAAAUUUGUCCCCAUAUCCCCUUAAUACUUACAAAAUGUUUUUCUUUAGCAUGUGCUGAAACUUGAGGCUGACCGCUUAUUAGGGUAUUGUGUUGAUGACGUCUUGAUCUUCGUGUUUGUUGGGUAGUCCUGGGCUGCCUUGUCUAGAGGUCACACAAACCAUAAAAAUAGUUGAAGAAAUGAGCUAAUAUGGUCACAUUCAUGUCUUGUGCUACCGGUGUAUGUGAAUGCUUUUGUUAUGUAUUGCUAAUUAACACUGGAUCAGCACACAUCCAAGAAGGUUUAUGUAAUGUUUACGCCUCAUGAAAUUUGGAAACCUGUGAAAAAAAAAAUACUUGGUUAUUGUAUAAAUAUUUAUGGUAAGUGUACUAUGUGAGAUGAUAUACUGGCAUUAAAUCUUGUGACAGCAGGGGCAUUUGCCAUGCUCAUUCAAACAGCUGGUUUGAUUAAAGAAAUGUCUGUGUGAUGUGCAAUCUAAUUUCAUUAGUGGAAUACCUAAUCUUGUUUGUACAGUAUUGCAUUUUGUCAGACAAGAUUGUGUGACAUUUGUGUGGAGCAGCUAACCGUCUCACACUGUUACUUUCAUUAACUGGCUGUUGAAGCUUUGUGCCAUUACUGCUUUCCUAUUGUUGCUUCCUUUGUCUUUUACAGAUGUUUGUUGUGUAGAUGAUUUGUUGCAAGAGCACAGAAGGCUAUAAACCAUUGGGCAAAUUUAACAGUUUUGAAGAAUAAAUAUCAGCUAUGGCAUGCAUAUAGUUUUCUAGGGUUGCAUGAAUGUUUAUAUUUUGCACAUAAUCAAACACUGCUGAGUAUGGCGGUAAUGCUUUGAGUGGCACUAUAAGUAUCAGGGGUAAAGAAAAAAAUUUCAACACUGGAUAUUCUUUUACACAAUAUUUAAGCAUGUGGAACAAUGCAUGUAACAUGAAAAUGUUUGAACAGAAUAGCUCCAGCCAUGCUUUAUUUUAAUAAUGGUGAGGUAAAUCGCAGGAUGAUUGUGCAAGUUUGACCAAGGCAUGGUCUAGAUAAUGCCAUGAACCCUCCCAUAGUGUUGUGUAAUAAAUACUAAGAGUAUUUUCUAAUUUCCUGCAGAAAUGAUUGGGUAGCAUUUCACAAAUGAUGCAGUUCAUUGUGGCUAGAGUGGUCCCAACAAGACAGAGGUUCACAGGAAGAUGGAGACUAAGUCAUCAGCAUUGGUCGAACAAAGGCAUCUCGCACUGUAGCCAACAUUUUGACAAAGGGACAACUCCCCAUGUCAAAAUGUUGGCUCUACUCUAUCAAGUCCCUUGUAUACCUGCCAACCUGUGAACUCCAAAAUUUGUAAAAAAAUAUCAUAGACAUGCUUAACAAAUGGGAGGGGGGGGGCAGCAUGCAUUUUUUGAAGCAUUUAACCUAAGAACAUGUUUUGUGGGACACAUACUCACUGUAUUAACACUGUCUUCCCCCUAGAUGCACAACACACAAGCAGCAGCAAACUUUGAACAGCAGAGUGUGACAGGCAACACAUUGUUUUUACAUUGCAGUGACUUUUUUGGUGACUCUACUGUUGCCAAUUCCACCUGCUUCGGGAACUUGUCAGAAUAAACUUGCUGAAAGCAAGUACCCCUCUAAUGUCCUUCCACCAACUUCCAAGAGUAUGGUUGAUAACCAACUAACAAAACUCUUUUGCAAAUGUAGUCUGUUUUUUGUAAACCUGAUGUAACAUUAGUAAAAUUGAACAAGCCCAAAUUUGUAAGCUUGAUAGAAAAUUCGGAAGAGUAAGCAGGCAUGCCCUUGUUCGACCACUGUUGUCACUAGCCCAGUUAAAGAACAUGAAGCUUUUUAGAACAUCUAGUUUCUGUGGUAUUGGAGCACUCUAUUGUUGGCAGAUUCAACACCUCUAGCAGGCUUUUUGAUCAUUCUGCAUUUUGUUGCAGCAGGCUACACAGUCUUGAAGCACACAUUAUGUAUGCUAAAUAUGCCUGUUUAAAUACAGGCCUAUAGAAUACAUGCCUAUUACAUUGUUGUGAUUCACGCAACCCUAACUGUCUCUGAUGCUUGUGUCGCUACUUCUGUUUCAUUGCAUUUAAAUUUUCAAUUUUUGCCCAUCUUGUGACCCAUUAAUACCACUUAAUUUUUAAUUUAUGUCAUCCUAGAUAUUUAUUUGCACUUGUUACUACAUAGCAAACCAUUUAUAGUAUGUGUUGUAGUGAAAUAAAAUGAUCAGUACUGUGUCAA